AUGGUUAUUACAUUUUGCAUUAGCUGUAAAAAAAUUUGUUUUAAUUUAUUUUCUUUUACGUUUAUUUCUCAAAUUCGUAAUCCAUCAAUUGAAAAUGAUCCUGAAGCUCUUAUGUCGUCAUUACAUGCAUUUGUACUUGGUGUAUGUUUAAUUUCGAACAAUAACACAAUAGAAGAAUAUUCAAACGAACGACUCAAACAAUUAAUAAAUAAAGAAAUUGGUGCUGAUGUUUUUAAAGAAAAACUCGAUAUGAUACAACAAUCAACAUCGUUUAUUAAUGCUUCAAAAAACCGAUCAUUAACAUUUAAUGAUAUGACUUUUGAUUAUGCUUUUACUCGUUUAUAUUAUUAUUCUUGUGGUUUAAUAAAAAAGUUAUCUUAA